AUGAGUGGUGGCCGCAUCGCUGACAUCGAAGAGGAGAUCAGCGAAUUACGAGAGCAGUUGGACGAGCUAAGGCUUGAGGUGUCGCGGCUGCGGCGAGAGGUGAGGAGGUCUAGAAGUCAGUCUGACAGUGAGCGAGAAGAUCGCUACUCUGAGGAUCCCUACUCCUUGGUUAGUGCAGCAGAUAGCCGCGCACCUCGACAAGGAGCACGAGACGUCAGAGCCCGCAAGCAGACGAGCUGUUUCAGUGGCAGACCUUCAGUGGCCUGCCCAUCUGGAACAGUGAUGGCUGAAGAGGAGGCUGUUGUGGCGCCGGAGGAGGGCCCCUCUAUUUCCCCUUACGUCAUCGACGACAAGGGGGCCAAUCCUGAAUUUGUUGUGCACAUUUACUUUGACGACCUUGACAGUGGUGACGUCGCUUUCCCUUUACUUUUGGUUGCGAAGCUUGACGAGAAGAUUUUGGUUGCAGUGCCUCAUCAAGCAUGGCACCGCACUACUUCGAAGAGGAGCAUGCGGAUGGGGGCUUUGAGCAAGGCUACAGCGGUGGAAGUCUUAGCAGCUGCUGCAGACUCCAAGGAUGUCAUGGACGACUGCGACUUCACCUUUGGCAAGGUUGGGGACGUCAUUUUGAUUCCAGCGCCGGAGAGUUUGGUAGCAGCAGCCAACGAGCACUUUGCGUUCUUUUCUGCAGAGGAGGAUCUUCAAGACGGCGCUGAAGGACAAGGAGAAUUUGGGUUGGCAGACCUGCAACAACGAGUCGGCACUAUGGAAGCCACGAUGCAGAAGCUUGCAGAAGGCAUGAGUCAGCUUUUGGGAGAAAGGAGUCAAGAGCGGCAAGCGCAGAAUCAGACGGGGCCAGCCCCGAGAGCUGUCACCAGGCCGCUGGCUCUACGGAAGCCAGGGCAGGCCCCUGUCACUACAUCAAUGCCGAGGGUGCAGUUCCCGACACUAGACCAAGGAGUUGUUCAAGCAGCACUUCAAGCUGGAGUACCCGCACACAGUCUUGCGCAGAUGGAGAAGCUGAUCUCGCAGAACACAAAGGCGAAGAAGGCUAUCGAGCCGAACAAGGAUGUGGUUUUUGAUCCCCUUUCAGAACACGAAGAAGAGGGCUUGGUGGAAGUAGUAGGGCCAGGAGAAUCUGGAUCUCCACCGCCAGGCAACCCUUUGGCCGCUACGUUGUCAAAGCUCACGGACAUCGUGUCAUUGCUUGCCGAGGACAAGAAGAAGGCCAAGGGCACACCGAAGCUGGACAUUGCCUUGGACUCUGCUCAGGGGUCGUCAUCGUCAGAUGGCCUCUCACUGGGAGCCGGGAAGAAGACAGCUGCAGCAAGAAGGGCGCUGCGUUCAACCUUUUUGGAGCACCCGGAGGAGAUCUACAACAACAUCGAGAAGUUUAUGUACGAGGACUUGGCUUCACAGACUCUUGGACCGGGCCAGCAGCCGCUUGGGCUCAAUGCACGAGCUUGGGUCGAGUUCCGGUCGAGGAUCACGAGCUACAAGACUGGAGCCCAUUGCGCCUGGUGCUUUGCGGGCAUCUUGGACGCCAUGGUGGCCGGUCGUUACGACCUCGCUCGUGCUCGAGCAUGUCUGGGGCUUCUUCAACUGGACCAAGCCGCAAUAGACCGCGGCAAUUGGACGCUUGCAGCGGAGUUGAGCCUGGAGCAAAGCCCGCCGAUGACGGCUCUUGCAAGCCAUCAAGGGCCCAAUGUCCAAGACGGAGAGUCGCCCUUUUCACGGCUCCUGGAUGCGAGGUGGGCAGAAGUGAUCCUUGGACACCUGCGAGACCAAGAAGAGUUUGUCACGAAGCGGAGGAACAUAGGCAAGCAGAGCAACAAGAACACGGAGGAGAACGAAGAGUCUUCUUCUUGGGAAAGCAGGCGGAGACCAAAGGCCAAGCCGAAGGCCAAGGCAAGUACAGCGGCCGAGAAGGCCGGGGAUGCUUGA